AUGAAGCGAUUUUGGAAAUCCUCAAUGCUCUCUCUUAUGCUUCCCUUUUCAUUUACCGACGUGAAGGCGGCUUGUGCGCCUACUACCACUAGUCUCUUUUUGUCUCAACACAAUUAUAUCUGUGAUCUUUUGAGCAAGGCCCACAUGGAUGAUGCAAAGGAAGUCAGAACACACAUGACCACAUCCAAUUCUCUCGUGCUUCAUGAUGGUUCUCCCACUAACGCCACUAAGUAUCGCCAACUAGUUGGUGGUCUUCCAAGGAAGAACCCAUGA